ACGCCAUGGAAUUCGUCUUAAUCAGAUAUUAAAUUUAUUGUUUUCGGACAUUGGACUCGGACUUCCGAAUUCGUAAAUGUGAUGAGUCAGCUUCCAUAGUGUUCGAUCUGGCAGUGUGUCGCGGGAUAUAAAACGAGGUCGACGAUACUUUUGAAAUUUCUUUACACCCAACAAAGCAGCAAAACACAUCCCUCACAUCAAUCAUGGCAUUCACAGUCACACUUGGGCCUGAACAUGGCUACGUCCUCGGCGUUGCGGCUAGCACUGUCAUCCUCCUACAAUACCUAGGCUUCAAAGCCGGGAGCAUGCGGAAAAAGGCUGGUGUGCCUUAUCCCUCCCUCUACGCCGACCGAGCCGAAGCAGAGGCCCAACCCAUCAAAAAGCUAUACAACUGUUACCAAAGAGCCCAUCAAAACACAUUAGAAAACUACCCAUCCUUCCUUCUCCUCCUCGGUACAGCUGGUAUCAGCUACCCCCUCUUUGCGACUGCUUGUGGUGCGACUUGGGUUAUUGGACGUCUGUUGUAUGCUCAUGGGUAUUACUCUGGGCGUCCCGAAAGGCGUCUGCAGGGUUCUAUUCACAUCUUGGGCUUGCUUGGUUUGUUUGGUGCGAGUGUAAAGACGAUUUGGGACAUUGUGGCGGUUUAGGUGGGUUCCGGCGCUUCAAGACCAUGGGCCCUGCCUGAGUCUAUAAACUUUAAAUGUCAAGCGAUUUGCUGUGCAAAUAAUAAAUCAAAAGUUACAUGGGA